UUUUUUUUUUUUUUUCCAUCUCUCUCUCUCUCUCUCGCUUCUCUUUCAUUCUCAAAUCGCUUCCCUCGCUUAUCGCCAUUUCCUUCCUCCAUUUUCGCUGUCUCGAUUUCGAGCUUCCUCUCUCUCCGCUCCUCCAAUUCCUUCAUCCCGAAGCUGAUUCUGAAUGUUUAUUGAAGUAGAAGAAGGUCUCUCUCUCUCUCUCUCACUGUUAAUUUAGUUGUGUAGGUACUUAAUCUUUUUGGCGAGUGUUGUUGUAGCUGUAACUGUUUUACAUAUGGGGAAGGUAUCUCCGAAGGACUUGGAUUCGAAAACCUCUGUGAGGAAAAAGAAAUUGAAAGGCUCAAGUAACAAAUAUUUAAAGCCAGGGGCUCUGGUUCAGCUUUGCUACAGUAAAGCAUCUGCUGCUAAGUCAUGUAAUGAUUUGGGGAAAAAACGUGUACCUGUAUUUGAUGCUAAGCAUGCAAGGAACAACAAUAAACUGGCUGUGGAACAUUUUGAUUCCCCCAAAAGCCCUCUGUUUUUGUCCCCUGUCAACGUUGUUAAGCGGAGUUCUCUCGUGAGGCCGAUGAAGUUUGAUGAUCUGCAGGUGGAGAGUAAUACUUGUAAGAAAAGCCCUCUUAUGCUAUCUCCGAUGGGUAUUGUUAUGCACAACACUUUGCUGACUACACCAAAAACCCCUCAAGCUGAUCCUUGCCAUUCUGAAUCUCAACUUGAAUCUCUUCCCAUGGAUUUACUGGUUAAGAUAGUUUGUCAUCUGCACCAUGACCAGCUGAAGGCAGUUUUCCAUGUUUCUCAAAGAAUAAGAAAGGCUACCAUGCUAGCAAGACAAUACCAUUUCAAUUAUACAACACCAGACCGCUCAAGACAGGAAAUGUUGAGUGUCCUGACCCCAAUGCCAAUAAAUCGUUGGCCAUUUCGUAGCAAAGGAGAUUGGAACCCAACGAUGGCGUCAAGCCCACAUACCCCAAAAGCACCAAAACAUGCUCCUCGACCACCCUUGAGAACCCAACUCACAGAGAUGAAGCAAAUCACUGCUGUUCUUUUCCAAGAUCAGACAACAUUCCCAUCAAGAUGCAUCGUUCCUUCUGUUCUCCAAAGGCCGAGUUUGUUCAAACCAAUGGCUCCAAAGCACCCUCGAGUGCUCUUUUAUGAAGAUGAAUUAUGUCAAGCUGUUGCUCAAAACAACCUUACCUGAUUACACUUUCUUGCUGCAAUCAGACCCAUCACAUGGCUUUCCUCUCUCUGUGCAUAUUAGGUUUGUCUUCAUUGCAUAAUUGAUCAUUGCUCUUGAUGAUCAUCACCACCUAUAGUAAGAAGCAUGCAAGUUUUGUAGCAGUGCUAGUUCUGGGUUUUAGGUUUACAUGGCAAUCUCGUAGUAUCAUUUAAGUUUGUAGUCUCUUGAGUUUGUCAUAAUAAGCAUGUGUCUUUGGUUUGGUCAGUCGAGUCUUGUGUAUAAUCUGGAACAGUGGCUUUGCAUAUUAUAAAUUUAUUGCUUUUGCUUGCUUA